AUGCAGUUACUCAGCUCAUUCCAAAAGCCCCCGGGCUAUGUUCUCGCCAGCAUUAUCUGCUCUUUGGGUGGUUUCCUAUUCGGCAUUGACACCGGCAUCAUCGGCCCUGUAACCGUAAUGGAGGACUUCACAGCAUAUGUCGGUAACCCUUCCCCAACAAUACACGGUCUGAUAGUCUCUUCCAUCCUUAUUCCCGCUGCGAUCUCGUCCUUCUUCGCUGGGAGGGUAGCAGACGUGCUUGGUCGCCCUUAUGCGAUUGCUAUUGGCUCUCUUAUUUUCGGCGCCGGUGCCGCUCUCGAAGGUGCCUCGAUUCAUAUUGCUAUGUUCAUAGUCGGCCGUGUCAUCGAAGGAAUCGGCGAAGGCCUCUAUCUUAGUGUAUUAGUAGUUUACAUCUGCGAAAUAUCCCCUCCGAGAAACCGCGGCGCUCUGACUACCGGACCCCAGUUGCUCAUCACUCUUGGAUUAGUUACGGGGUUCUUCACCUGUUACGGUACUGCUAAUAUACAGUCAUCGUUUUCAUGGCGUCUACCAUUUAUCUUACUCGCCGCUUAUUCCAUUGUAUUCUCGGUCGCCGUUCUUAUGUGGCUUCCUGCGUCUCCGCGAUGGCUCACACUUCACGGGAAAACGAAAGAAGCAUCUGCGGCUUGGGAGAAACUUGACGUCCCUGCCGCCGAUCGAGAGAAGAUUCUCGACCAAUACGAUGCUUCGGUAAUAGAAACUGCUAUUCCUGAUGCAAGUGGUGGCACAGGCGCUGUGCAGGUUACUUCUACCACUGCUGCCGCUUCGAAGUCGAAGAAGACAGAAUUGCUUGACGUGUUCUCCUCGGAUGCUCGGCCGCGUCUCUUCUUAGCGGUCUUCCUUAUGGGUAUGCAACAGCUGAGUGGCAUUGACGGCGUUCUUUAUUACGCACCCCUCCUUUUCCAACAAGCCGGGUUAUCCUCAAACGAAUCCACGUUUCUCGCCUCUGGCGUCUCGGCCAUUGUUAUCUUCGCCGUCACUAUCCCAGCCGCCAUCUUGGCAGACAAAUGGGGCCGACGCGCCAACACUAUCCUCGGUGGUCUGGGUAUGGCCAUAACCAUGUUCCUCAUGGGCUCAUUAUACGCAGGAGACGCAGUACAUGCCAGUACUGGCGCUGGGCGAUGGGUAGUAAUAGUAUGUAUCUACUUAUUUGCGGUGAUCUAUGCGCUAUCAUGGGCAGUCGGGAUCAAGAUCUACGCAGCGGAGAUCCAGCCGCAACGAACCCGAGCGUCUGCAACCAGUAUCGCCCACGGCAGCAAUUGGCUGAGUAACUUCCUAGUGGCGCUCGUAACACCCACACUACUCGCCCGCACUAGCUACGGGGCGUACUUCCUGUUUGGCGGCUGUGCCCUGCUUACUGCCGCCGUGUGCUUUGUUUUCAUGCCCGAGACCCGUGGUUUAAGUCUUGGCGAGAUCGACCAGGCGUUCGUGCGACAGGGUACCCGGGCCAGUGCACUGAGGGGAUUUGCGAAAGGUCUUCGGAAGAGGAUGAAUGCUCGCGAGGGAGUGCCGGCUCCGGUCGAGAUAGACGCUUAA